AUGGCUUCCAUGGCGAGCUCAACAGCCUCCAGCUUCGACUCCCCCGAUACCAAUGUCGGCACCCGCUGCUGCAACGGACCAUGCUGGAUUGCCUUCUCCGAUGCCGAUGCCUCCUACCUCGCCAGUGGGCCCUACCAUGGAUGCAGUUGCGAGUCCCUCCAAGGCUCCGCCUACAGUGCUCAAAGCUGUUGGGACCCCGCGGCCUACAGUGGCUAUGCCUACGCCAGGUGUGCCAUUCAUGUCCACUACGGUCACUACAAAAGCAGCAGGCUGGCUCAUUACGGUCACGAUUCGGCCGGCACCGUCCCUCCCAUGGUCGUGCCUCUUGCUCUUCUGCGAGGAGGCGGACGUGCCCGAUGCCCUUGCGAGCACCACCUCAGUUGGCAGACCGUCCCAGUCUCAGCUUCAGUCUUCUUUGUGUCGCUGCUGGCAUUCCUUCCUGAUGACGUGUUCCAUGCGGAGAAGCAGAAAACGUACACAGUGUCGGUGGAGAAUCUCCGCCCGUGCGACACCACACCGGACCCCACUUUGCAGUCGCCCCGGGAACGGCAUGAGGAUCCAGAGGGCCGUGGGUCGUUCUACUAUAAUCCCGGCACCAAGGAGGUCACCUGGAGGAGGCCAAGACCGGCACCUGUACUCAGUCGAGAUGAGGAAGAUGACUCCGCCCGUGUUCUCCCUGGCCGCGCUCAGAAGGUGAUUCGCCCACCACGAACUCCUAGCCCACCACCGGGUCGCACUCCUCAUGCGGUAGAAGUGGAUGACCGAGGACGUAUGAAGCCGACACCCAAGCAUCGCGGACCUCGAUCAGAGCGGGCUACCUCUUCCCGACCUCCUGCCUCUGAACCAGCUGAGCAGUCCAAGCCACCUGCACAGCUGUCCUCCCAGAAUGACUCUGAGGAUCCCUAUGAGGCGGCCUGGCAGAUACAGUCUGGGAACCUGCUCCUCAAAUCUGCGGGUGCUGUCGCUGCCUCCCAUCGACUGGAUGGAACUACCACCACUACCAGGAAGCCCCGGUCUGAGGAACAGCACAAAGGCCGGCUCUUCUCGCAAAGGGACACCGCCACCGCGGAUGCCAAGCCGGCCAAAGCCGCUCGGACACCAGAGGUCACCCAGGUCUCAUGUGAUGCACUUUCAAGGCGCAGCUACGGACCCGGGACCUACCGGGAACUCGUCUGGCUUUUCGCCUGGCGGUUCAAUUUCAACAAGAUUAGGUCCCCUGUACCAGGCAAGGGGCCCCCGUUCAAGGCCACUGUCGAACCCAAGACUAUUGACCUGGAUGCCAUGGCCACUCGUGAACUGGCCUACCAUGCUGCCUCUUCGCCGCCCACACGCCGGCCAGUUGCUAAGAGGUCCCGAUGUGGCCUGCUGCCGAUUCUAUCUUCACUCAUGCUAGGUGUGGCACGUGGUGCCCCCAGCGUGGUGCCUCCAGGUGCCCUUCAGCUGCCUGAUUCUCUACCAACACCCACACACCAUGCAGUCUAUGGUGCUGCCAGGAAGAGAUCGUACAAGCGGGCGGUUCGACGUGCGGCUCAAAGUGGAGACCAGCACACCUUCUACCGGGGCAGGGUCUGCUCGCUGCAGCAGUUAUGUCACGGAUAUCGAGGUGGGAAGACAGCCCCUGCUGCAUCCAAAAAGGCGCAGCAGUACUAUCUGCAGCGGGCUCAGCGUCGGCUUCUCACACUCUCCUGGAACGCAGGCGGCCUCACACAAGCUCUCUGGCAAGAGCUCCUCCUGACCCUGGAGAACAUGCCUGUGCCUGAUCGACCACAAAUAGUCUGUGUGCAGGAAACACAUUGGUCCAGUGUUGUUGCACCCGCGUUCAAGACAGCUGACUGGGAGAUUUUCACUUCCCCAACCACGGACAACAAGUCCGCAGGACUCCUGGUCUUAGUAGAUAAGUCUUUGGCCCGAGGUUGCCAAAUUGUCUACGCGGACCCGCAACCGGGAAGAUUGCAACAUCUCCGCCUCAUCCACCCCCAGUGGACUGCCGACAUACUGCACAUCUAUCAAAAAGCGUACAACUCGCAUCCGAAAGCAGUAAAGGAAGCCCGGGAGAUCCGGUCCGACGUCUGGAACUCCAUCCGAGCCCAACUUCAGAGGCUUCCAGCCCGCAACACGCUCAUCAUGCUUGGAGAUUGUAACACUCCAUUGAAGCCAAGCGGUGCAGCGGGAGUCCGGAUUGCGACAGGUCAGUCCUCUAGCCCUGGACCAUCAGACCAGGCUCGUCUACAAGCCCUGAUCGAAGAUUUCUCCCUUUGUCACUUAAAUUCCUGGUGCAGGUCAGCGGGACCGACGUAUCAUCAUGCGAAGGGUACCAGUCUUAUCGAUCAUGUCUUCAUGCGACACCUGCAAGCUGACGAUCGGGCGAAACAAGCAAGGCCGAUUAACCUCGGGCUAGCUGCCUGGAGACUCGGAGGAUACCACCUACCGGUAAAGGCGAGCCUGCCGCUUACUCGAUUUCAUACCCUGAACAAGCCGUCUCCCACACCGCGAGAGUGGGACCACUGGAGCCUUGUUCAGGCCAGCUCCGACUUGUCAGACCCUCGUAUUGCACAGUUGCGGACCUUGCUCCUACAGGCGCUUCCUGCCGUAACCAACCUGGAACAAAUGCAUGCUGCCCUCAAGCAGUGUGCGAAGCGAGUCUUUCCGCCUACCACAGGACAACAUCGACUUGCGAUAUGGCAGACUCCGACCAUGCGAAAUGGCAUCAAGGCCAUGUGGCAAGCGUACCGUACUUGGAAGCAGGCCAAGCAGCAGAACCCGGCUGACGUCCUUCGCAUUUCCAGGUACUUUCACCUUUACAAGACGGCACACAAGGACUUCAAGAAAGCUGGCAAGGCAGCCAAAAAGGUGCAACUCCGAGACCCCCAGGGUCAACUGCAGGAUCCCAGCACGCAGCUGGCUCAACUGACGAAGCACUACCGAGCUCUGUAUGCUACGGAUGCUGACCCCAAUAUUGCAGGCCCACCACGUGCUGCCAUCAACAUCGAGGUCUCCGAGGCUGAUAUGACCAAAGCCUUGGCCAGCCACAGCAGACCUCGUAUCUCCGACACUGUGCACAUGGACCAAGCAAUGGACUCAGAUUCCGGAGAUGUGGCGAACGGCAUGGCUGGCUUUAAUCCCGAAGAUUCCACGACCAUUAUCCCCCAAGAACCUGAGGCCCAUAGGGCUCACGGAAUCAAGCGGCACGCUCCACAAUUUGCAUACAUGCCGGGACGCAGUGCUGCGCAGGCGAUCCAAAGAGUCGUGCUUCAUUGCAGCCAGGUGCAGCGAAAGUGCUCAUAUUCUACCCCCACCGUGGUGGAUCGGCACGCACAACUUCCCAAGCAGCUCGCUCAUUUCGCAGGAAUUCAAUUGUCGCUCGACCUGACGGGCGCUUUUGACUUAUUGGACUGGCGACUGCUGGCAAGGGCCCUAACCUCCGCAGGUGUCCCUGUGGAACUCAAAAACCAAAUUCUGUCGUGGUAUGCGGAGAUCACCUACGUGAUCACCCACCUAGGCUUGACCGCCAAAGUACAAGCCCAACAAGGACUCAGGCAAGGGUGUAAGCUAGCUCCGUUGCUCUGGAUAUUAUCCCUAGCACAGAUCUAUCGGGAUCUUCAGGCCAGGGAAGAUCCUCUUCUCAACCACGACUGGAUGUGUGAAAACUCCACGAUCUACGCCGACGACAUCCACCUUAAGGACACGGUAUCCUCGGUGCUCGGGCUAGACCGUAUGGUACAUAGGUUCUGUUCCAUUCUGGAUGCCCUUCGGGCCAAUGGUAUGGUAAUCAACCUUGCCAAGUCUGCGAUACUCCUUCGACACAGAGGCAGUUUCAUCAAAGCGUGGUUGCGUAGGCAUUUGAUCCAGAAGAAGGAUGGCAAUGUGCUACGCCUACGGCGCAUGUCUUGCACAGAGGCCUCGCCCGACUUCAACCUGCGGACCUUCAAGUCCUUCCGGCUUCUUCGCUCGCAUGAGGCCACCCAUCAUGCCAAGAAAACACCAGUCCCCGCGAAUGGCCCCUUCAAUAGGUCCUACGACGUGGUGCAGCUGACCAACAACCUCCUCUCUCUGCGACCACGCAGGUGCCCUCUUGCGAACCUCCGGAUUACCUGCAGCAUCACUGCCAUCUCUGUUUUCAAUGGUAUGACAGGACAGAGGGAAGACCCCAUGGACCUGGACGCCCAGGAAAAGCUCUUUUGGAGCCAAGCAGGACCGGUAAAGAGGGAGACGGAGGAGAACCGCCCAGACCAGACGUUCAACAAGAGACAGAGACUGGGCAACCAGAACAAGGGCAAAGGCAAGAGCGACGGGAAAGGCAAGUCCAAGGGCAAAGGGAAGGGGGGCACGCCUCUACCCAAGGCUCAGAACACGGCAGCCAGCUGGGCUUACACAGGUGGUUCGGGGCUCGAGCUGGACAGUCCGUGGAGCACCACCAAGGACUUGGCAGAUCCGACAGGCUCCGAGAUGGAAUGGAUGGAGCAACGCGUGUCCAAGCUAACUCAGCUUGUUCUCAGACAGGAGCAGAUGAUCACGGCGCUGAAGCAGGACAUGGUGCUGCACCUCUUCAUCAGGUCGGGCCCGGAGGGCAUGAUCCCCGUGUUGUGCGACACAGCCGACAAGUGGAGAACCAUGAAGGAGGAAUCGCCCGAGAAGAUCACUUAUUCCUUAAAAUUAGUGAUGUUGAAGCAAUUGCUCAUCACCUUUCAUCAGAGGCUCACGGAGACGGCCAAGGAUGCGGAGGCUAUGGCAAGAGCACAGAAACUGGGCUGGAUAGACGAUCAACAACAAUGGAAACAUUUGAAGUGGAAUGCUACGACCCAGGCAUUGGAAGUGGACGCCACCCUUCGUCCGAUCCCCACCUCGGAUCUGCUGGCCCAACUAGUCAAUGUCCGAAAGGCCGUGAACGAGGAGUCCCUGCUACGGUUCAAGUCAGUUCGGAGACUGACUCCGGAAGUCACUUCGGAAUGGAUCCAGUUUCAGAUUAUCCUUUCGAUGAGGCAGGAAGGCGGAGCUCUAUGGAGCACUCUGACACAGUGGAUCGGACAGGCGGCAUGGCACACUCUGGGCUGCAGAUUGAGGAAGGAUCGUCCAGUCUACGACAACCUUGUUCAAGAGGCUCGUCUCCAUUCCGGCACCUUCCCGAUGCCGGUUUUGCAACUCCUGCCCUGGAGUGUCCUGCUUCAGGCAUGGCGUAAUGUGCAUCACCAACACGAUGCUGCAGAGCUUGCCACAUACUUGCUGCCUAGGCUUGGAGACAUGGGUAUGCAUGGAUGCUGGGAGGCUCGCAACUACGCGCUUCACGGAGUCACUACCCUUGACUCUGGACCGCUGGGACAACCCCUUGCCAUUGUUCCGAAUGAAGGCGAUGUUAUUCACCUUCAGCAGUCCGUGGAGGGGUGGUGUGCUCAGGUAACUGCCAAGUUUGCACUGAAACGUGCGGCACAAAUUGUGUGCUUACAGCUGAUGAGAUACAGGAAUCUGGGGGGGACCAUUGCCAGAGACGGUCGUGCGCUUGUGGGGUUUCGUGAUGGGAUCUGUCUGCCUGUGUUUGUGGAAGACCAUAGCAUGCAAGUACAGUGGAUUCGGUACCAGGUUACAGCUGCUCAACUUCAUUUUGGCGAUGUGCCGACCACGGGCCACUAUCGCACCUUGCUGUAUGGGCAAAAUGCAUUUGCAGCGCGACGCCUAUGGAUCACGGAUGAUAACCAUGUGGCACAGCCAGUUGAGCCCUCGCAGUAUGCUGAUGUGAUGUACUUACUCUGGCUUCGGAAGGAGACAAGAGAUGACACUCGAGCGACAUCUCAGAUGUGA